AAGUGAUAGGGUUAUAGAACAGCAUGAUCAAGACACUUCCUUUAAAUAGUCGUGCAAAAACGACAACUUUAAAACAACCAAGGGAGUUGUUCAGCUACGCUCGUGACAUCGAUGGUGAAUACGUCUACGAUGACGAAUCUGUGCAACUGGCCAUUUCGUAUUACUACCUUCCGGACUCCGCCGUUGAUUCCCGCCUUGACUUACAAUCAGGGUAUUCCAAGUUUAAAAAGAUCCCCGAAGAGCAAAAUGUUGCCGAUUUCACAAGUUAUUUAACUGCAAUCCAAAAGCAUGAAGAAAGUUCUGGUGAAAAGGUUCAAGGGGAUAUUGUUACCUUCAGAGGAGUCAUGACCAAGAUUCUCGCCCUUCCUUUUAACAUUAAUGAGCCCUUUGAUUUGAAUAUUGUUCCGUUUGACGGACAAUUGUUUAUGAAUGUUGAUGUUAAUAUUGAGACAAAUAGACGAGAACAACGUGAGGCAGAGUUACGUAAUAAUAACCCCCCUGACAAGUACGAGUAUCUCAAGAAAUGUGAAUUCAGUGGAUACAAGUUUGAAACCAUAGCCACCUUGCCUCGACCAUGGGCAGAUUGUUCCCGAUCAGAGAUUGAGAAAAGACCAAAAAAGAUGGUUAACAAUUACGAGCAGCACUUGUCGGUAAUCAAGACCGGAAUCGGCAAUGUCAAGCUUGUCCUUGCUGGAGAAAUAGACUGUGUCUGGGAUUACCUUCCUGAUGACAACAAGCAUACACUCGAUCAUUAUGUCGAGUUAAAGACUUCUCGCAUAAUUGAAACCAAUGGGAACGUAGUUACCUUUGAGAAGAAGUUGUUCAAGACAUGGUGCCAAUGCUUCCUCAUGGGAGUCCGUUACAUAAUAUACGGAUUCCGAGAUGACGAUUUGUGUUUACGUAAUGUUGAAGUCUUCAAGACUGAUGAAGUUCCAUUGCUUAUAAAGAACAACCCAUUGACGGCAGAAAGUAAGAAUAAGGUUAAUUGCGUUGGUGCGUUGAAAUGGUAUGGCGCAGUGUUGGAAUGGCUAAAUACGGAAAUUGACAAGAAUGACACCAGCAAGAGUUAUAGACUUAGUUACGAUCCGGGAAGCAAGAGUUUCUCGUUAUUGGAGUUAAUGAGUGAUGACAAUCAGAGAUUAAGAAAUGGUGAGAUAUUGACGAAGGAGUUUAAAAAGUGGAGAGAGGGUCUUGUGUAAUUGUAUAACUAAAUCAAGGUAAAUCACACUAUAACGGUUUAAAAAUAUUUUAUUUUACAGCCUGUCUCUUUUACCGAAUGAUGCAAGUAAUACUUUGCAACUAAAAAUUUAUUUGUGCAUGGGCACUUUUACAAUUUAAUACUUUAUUGAG